GCACAUUCUGCACCACUCGAAGCUGGACCCAAUAUCUCUUCCACCCAAUAGCAUCUCUCCCUUCCAUAUCUCUAAACUGCCUUCUACAACCCCUCCCUUUUUUUUCUUCCCAUUAACCGACUUAUCCAUAAUUGUUUCUCCACCCAAUAUACUCUCAUCAACGUUUGAACGCAAAAGGGAGGGGAAUGGCAGCUGCAGCCUGUUUGAAUUAUGGAGCACCAGGCUCGCUCAAUCUCCGGCAGAAGCAGCAAAAGCUAAUAAGAAAUAAGUGUUUUAUAGAUAUAACGACGAUGGGAAAGCGAAACAUAAUGGUGAUUGGAGUGAAAGGAGGAUUGGGAUAUGGUAAGGCAAAGAAAAGGAUUGGGAUGGUGAGAUGUAGUGGGAUAGGCAUAGGGGACUUCAUAGGAGGGGAUUUGUUGAAAUUUGAUCUGGGCCGUUGGCUGUCAGACGUGGAAGAGCACAAAGCCAUUGCCAUAUACACCCCACACGAGGGAGGCUACGAGGGUCGCUACCUUAACCGACUCAAAUACCAGGGCUACUAUUUUCUUGACCUCAGUGCCCGAGGCCUUGGAGAUCCUGAGACCACCCUCACCAAGAUUCACCCCGUUUGUCCUGCCCAUUUAGGGAAACAACCCAUUGUAAGGUGGUAUUUCCCACCAGAGGUUGAUUACAGGCUCGCUGCACUGCCUCCUGAUGCCAAAGGACUUGUGGUCUGGAUAAUUGAAGCCAAGGUUCUUUCCAAGUCGGAGUUGCAGUUUCUCGCCUUGCUUCCCACACUGCGGCCCAAAGUCAGGGUCAUUGCUGAAUGUGGUAACUGGAGAAAGUUUGUGUGGAAGCCACUCAAAGAAAUUGCGGGACUAACUACAAUUGAGGGAGCUGCAUGACAACACAAGCCAACAUAGAGGAAGUCAGAACACCUUUAUAUAUCCGCAUUCCAGUUUCACUCUCAUCUGACAAGCCCCUUAAGCUCUAUUCUUCUUGAACAAAAAUGUUGUAAAUCAAUCACAAAUUUCACCCAAACCGAUCUUGUAGAGUACAUUUUUGCAACAGCAGAGUCAAAACACAUCAAAAUUUGCUUGUUUGCUAAGAACGUCACUAUCUAUUCCAGGGGAAAAGAUUAAGAGAGAUGGUAAAAUUAGCAAACAUCA